AUGAGCCACAAACGUUUGAAAAACGACGCUCCCAGCGUUCGGGAACUCGCGGGCCCCGCUGCUGGCGAGCCUCAUCCCGAGCGGCUCCACCGCCCUUGCCAUACCCCUCCACACCCUAUUCCUAACCCCGGGCCCUGCCGUGGUCGACACCGACAUCUUCCCGGGCCCGAAUAUCCCGACCACCCUCUUCAAAACCUCAAGAACAUUCCCGUCCCUAGAGGACCCCACGCACUCGAAGCUCGCGUAGCUGAACCCGUCCUCGGGCGUCACGUGUAUCGUGGAGUAUCGGUCGAGAUUCAUCCCGUUCAUCGAGUAUCCGCAAGGGUCGAACGCGUAAUCGCAAACGAGGGCGUUUCCAUCAAUUUUGUCGAUCCCGGAAGUCCUCGUCAUCUCUCUCCCGGCCGAGUCCCCUUUCCCCCCGUCGAACCGGAAAAAGUUCCGGGCGAUGGUGGGGUCCAGUUCGGUCAUGCAGAUCUCGACGGUGUAGGAAUCGUCUACGCUGAGGUCCACCGGUACUGGCUGGUCGCCAUGGAAAGCGGUGAAAACGUGCCACUUGUGGUUGGAUUUAGAGUUCAUUGUGGUGGCCUUCUUGUGGGUGAGGGUUGGGCGAGGGGGAAAAUGAAGCUGCCGCGGGUGUACCUACACCCGAGUAGGGUGAGGCCUAAUGAGAGGCCGUGGUCGAUAAAAGGGCAGACGGACUUGAGGAGCUGGGUGGUCCCACACGUCUUUAUGAUGAUUUUGGUGGGGUACACGAAGAGACUCGACUCCGAGAGGACGUACGAGUCGAAGUGGGGGUUGCCGACCGCGGAGACUACGGUGCAUUGCACCGCGUGCAAUACUUUCUCGAGGGAGGGGAAGUCGAGCUGGCGGAGGCCCAAGGAGGCGGGGUCGUCCCCCGAGAAGUGGAUUUCGAGCCUCUUCUCGAACCCUUCGAAUCCGGAGACUGCCAUGUGUAGAUAG